AUGUAUGAGUUCUUCUACUUGAGUUUAUUCUAUCAAGUAGCAUUAGCUUUAGUCUAUAAUGAUCCAUGCACUGACAAGUGUAAUCUGCCCGGCAUGAUCUGUAUGAAUAAUAAAUGUAAAUGCGAUUCGAAAAAUCGUCGUUUUUGGACAGGUGCUCGCUGUUCUUUUUGUCCGACUGAUUGGUCAAUGGCUGCCGGUGUGUACGAAUGGCUUGAUAAAAGUUUACCAUCGUUCAAUGAUAAAUCUGAUUUGUGGUGUAAAAAGACUACAGCUAAUUUGGGCUACGUUUAUGUAUAUGAUGAACCAACAAAAUUAAUUGGUGAUGGUAGUGAAGUGGAAUCAUGUUCCGGUUUUUGGCGGGGUAGAACUAGUGUUUACGUAGUGUGUCUAGAUGAUCAGUUGUGUAGUAGACCGUAUCCAUUUAUAUGUGAAAAAACUGAAUACACAGAAAAUAUUUUCGGGGGAGCUCCACUUUUAUUGGCUCUUGUGGGUGGUAUUUUGUAUUUUCUUAAAUUUCGCAAUUCAACUGGAGCUCAAAAAAAACGUCAAACAAAUGGUGGUGCCAGCAGAGAAGAAUCCAUUCGUUCUGAUGAAUAUACAAAUGAAGGUGAGCUCAAUGUAGAUAGACAUCCGGCACCUGCACAUCGUGAUCUUACUACUAUAGAUGAAAAGAAGCCCAAACAAGACAAACGAGGUGGUUAUUCUAAGCAACAAUUCGACGAAUUUGAAUGA